AUGAACUUUUACCAGCACACUGCGCAGGCCCACAGUAAUCAUCACACACAUUACCAUAUCACGUCAUCCCAGGAACCUGUGUCAGACGACAAUGAGGCACUUGAAUUAAAUUUCCCAAGCCAUUGUCCUGGCGCUAAUUUGCAUAUCGCUUAUGAUCUCGACUCGAGCCAACAUUCUUUUCAUUUUAAUCACACAGCACGUUCUUCUUUGCCUUUAAGCCUCACCUCCAGCAGCUCUCAAAGCCAACCUACUAUUUCUACAUCUCUUGAUCCAGCAGAAGAAAGAAAACUCGUCGAAGAAGCAACUUGCACUUCUUAUCUCAAACUUUAUCAGCACCGUGCUCUCAAAACACGAAUAAGUGAAUCGAAGACUUGGGAGAUACAGUGUCCCGAUCAAGGCUGUUGGGUGAAAACUGGUAUCCGCACUCAUAUCGAGCUUACGACUCGAGGUCAAUUUAUGGCACUCGAGAAGCACCAUGGGUCACAAACUUGUGGUCCCAAGCGCAAGUUGCAGAAGACCGUACAAGUGUCUAUGAAAAUUUCACACUUAACACUUAACACUGCAUUCCAUCCCACUCGAGUCUCGCAAAAUUCUUCGAAUUGGAAUCACUUACUCUUGUCAAAUCUGCCUCAUGCCCUGGUCUUGCCCUGCACGACUGGCCAAUGCAACCUGGGCUUCCCGUCGGAGCUAACUUCCCAUGGUUACGCACACAAGAGGGCCCAGACCAACUACCUUUCCACUUUAACCUCAUCGACGCCCCGUAUCAACAGUCUCGCUCAACUAGCAAAGGAUCGCAAUCAUUACACUCGUCAUGGGAUUCUCACUCCCGUUCAGCUCCUCGAAGUCAUAACCGAAUGGAAUACAAGUGUCAAUUCACUCAACUUACAGAGUCUUAACGAUGACCGCAAAAUCAAGCGCUUAUUAUCCCAACUAGAAGAUCAUACCUCACUCGUUAUGGCUCUCUCGCAAUGUGAUGUCCCUUGGCUAUGGAAUCUAUUGCAAAUGGCUCUCAAGAAUGGCGCUAGUGUCCAUACAAUCCUUCACUUAAUUGAAGAUGCUAUUGAAUGA